CUAGGAAUACAUAACAUUGCUAAUCGUACAGCGUGCGUAUUUUGAAGGGGACUCUGCAAUAUGACUGCGACGUUCGUGGCUUUGUUUCUGGCCCUCUUGGCCAUUAAUAGCGACCAAUUCAAAAUCCCACCUCACGAAGAGGUUGCCAGGAUGGCACGGUUUGUCGUGAACCAUUGUGACUGGGCUUCUAUGGCUACCAUUUCUACGCAUGACCCGGUGAAAGGACAGCCUUUCUCAAACCUAUUCUCGAUCAGCGAUGGACCAGUCGGCUAUGGAAAUGGGGUGCCCUACAUGUACCUCACUCGCAUGGAGAUUUCCGUACAGGAUCUGGAGGUCAAUCCACAGGCCUCCAUGUCUGUGUCCCUGGCCCAGACUCACUUUUGUAAACACCAGGGCUACGACCCCCAGAGUCCACUGUGUGCCCACAUCAUCCUCUCUGGCUCUGUGGUGGAGGUGAACGACACAGAGGCGGGCUUAGCAAAAAAGGCUCUCUUCAGCAGACAUCCUGAGAUGACUGAUUGGCCUUCUGACCAUAACUGGUUUUUUGCGAAGAUUAACAUCACUCAGGUGUGGGUACUGGACUACUUUGGUGGUGUGAAAAAGGUGACCCCAGAAGAUUACUUCAAGGCUACUCCUUACUAACCUCACUGAGGUGCUGUACAGUGAGGUUAUUUUAGAGGAAUCCAUAGGUGCAAUCCCGCUCUAAUCAGAGCCACAGCAAAAGUGAGAAGCAAUCGCGAGUUCCAGGUUGGCAUUGAACUGCCCAUGAAUACUAACAGCCCAGUUUGAAGGGACAUCUUGCUUUUUUUCUGCGAGUGUGAUUUUUGGCUAAAACGAUGGCUUCUUUGCCCUCAUAAUCUGUGUGUUCAAAACAGAUCAACAGCAAUAAUAAGUUCUUUGUACACUCCUGACUCUUAUAAUUCUGUGUCACUAUUUUAAAGUUUGAGGAAAGAAACCAAAUGUACCAUAAUUUUCUUUGUCAAAGGUUGCUUAAUCCCUCGUUGGAUAAUAAUUGAAUGUUGGAGGUAUACAAGUAACUGAAUUUUUGCAUUUUGCACAGCUAUUCUCAAGGGAUAAUAUGCACUUAAAGAUGUUUCCAAUCCGGUCUCUAUCAUGGUGUCUGUUUUUUUGGUCACAACACCUCUUACCCACUUCGCAUCCAUGUACAAUGCAUGUAAGUGGUUCAUACCGAAAGUGUUGCCCAUAUGUGCCUUGAUGAAGAACAGCUGAAAACACUUUUUUAGUUCUUUGUCAAAGACUGACAUGUAUUUUUUUUUAUAUAAAAAACAAACAAACAAAAAAAAAACAUGUUAUUCUUUAAAGCUUUUCUUCAUUAGGGCUGUUAUAGUUUGGGCAAAAAACACCGUUAGCACUAAAGUGAUAUACAUCAGCAUUAAACAAGUUUUGUGUGGUUUGA